AACCAGCCCCUCCCCUUCUUUUAUCUGACAAUUAAAAAUGGAGACAUUGAUACAGCAGCAACUGGACGAGCUAGAGCUGCUCCAGUCCAUGUAUUCCUCCCCUGGAGAGUUUCACAUAGAAGACCAGGGCUCGUAUGAGCAGACUCUGGCCUACUGCAAGCAGUUGGUGCCACAGCCUGCACAAAGCUUGAGCUUCAAGUUAGUCAUUGUAAUCGAUGCUGAUGAUGGUGAUGAUGAGGACAGCCUCCAGGGAGCUACUGCCAACUGCACUGCAGUGUACCCACUGGAGAUUGCUGUCAGACUAGGUAAUAGCUACCCCGACGUUCUGCCCAAUGUAUACCUGUCAUCAAAGGACCUACAUCGAACCAACCAAGACCAAUUGAACUCUGACCUCCACUGCUACAUGAAUGCAAUACCUCUAACAGAACCGUGUCUACUGACUAUUGUGGAAUGGAUCAGAGACAAUUCUGCCACUUACUUCCCGGUUCCCAUUUCCCAUUCCAUCAGUACCCCAGAUUCCAAAUCCGACCAAUCACAAUCGGACAAUUUCUGUCGUCUGUGGCUGUACAUGCAUCAUAUUUACAGUAAAACAAAACGAAGAAAUAUUCUUUCAUCUGCCCACGACUUGGACCUCACUGGGUUCUGUUUACCCGGGAAACCUGGUGUCGUGUGUGUGGAGGGUUCAGAGCGCAACACUAGAGAAUUCUAUUCCAUUCUGAGGCGGUGGAAUUGGAAAUCUAUCACUUGUCGAAGGAGAGAAGAGAUUGAGUCAUGUGAUAUUGGAAGCUGUCGGAAAGUGUGUGGAUUUCAAGAGUUGGUUCUUGAGGUUCAAGGAACUCAUUUAAACUUGGGACAGUUUCUAGAAUACCUUAAGCAGCGUAAACUGGAGUAUAUGUUCAAGGAAUUAUUUGGUGUUGAUGGACAGCAUUGA